GUCGUCCUGUGACGUGGAAACAAGGAAAUGACAACAAACAUCUAAAGAGGCUGAUUUGGCCUUGAAAUUCGACGUUAAUGGCUGCCGGCGGCCGCCGCCGUCACUUCUGGGUGUGCCGUCAGAGUUCCCCGGUGACGUGGCGACAUGUGGCCGCUCUUCUUCCCCCGUGUUUGGACGGAACUUUCAGGAUGAUUGCGCUCGGCCAGCCUCGAAACCCCACAGCCGGUGGGCCCGUUUCCUUUGUUCUCCCCCCGGUGGUCUCGCAAUGUUAGCCAUGCUCGCCACCAGGACCGCCGAGGAUGAGUCCGCUGAGGUGGAGGACAUGGACACCCUGGAGCCCAACUGGAGCUGGUUCUACCUGGCCGAAUGUGGGGUGUGGCACAUGUUUGAGAUCGAUCCCAGUGCCGCCUGCUCCGUGACCAGCGCUCAGAUCGAGCAGUGCUACAGCCGGAACCAGCGCGGCGUCAUGGAGUUCUACACGGCCAAGUACACCUACAGGCUGGACUUCUCGGUCAUGCGGCAGAUCAAUCUCACCACAGGGAAGCAGCGGCCGAUCAAACGCUCCAUCUGCUCAGCCACCGGCUUCAGGUUUAUUUGCGACAACCUGGCCUUGCCUGUUCCGUGUCACUGGGAGAGGAUCAACGUGGAUGAGCCCUAUCAGCUCAUCCAGCUGGGGAGGGACACCUACGAGUUUAAAGAAGUCACUCGCCUCUAUGAGAGGACCAUGGAUCGUCCCAUCAAAUCCAUUCAGAGGAUCCAGAACUUGGACUUGUGGGAGUUCUUCUGCAGGAAGAAAAUGCAACUAAGGAAAGUCAAGCGCACUUUGGAUAUUGAGGAGCGCAUGCUGUUCCAUGGCACGGGACACAUCAACAUACAGGCCAUAUGCAUGUUUAACUUUGAUUGGCGGCUCACAGGAGGCAACGGCGACGUCUACGGCAAAGGGAGCUACUUCGCCCGGGAUGCCAAAUACUCCAGCAAGUACUGUCACAGCACGGGGAAGCACAACAACAACCUGCAGAGACACGGACUCGCCCCGCCGAUAUUUGCCAGCGAGCCGUCCUAUAAAAGCAUGUUCCUGGCGAGGGUUCUGGUGGGCGAGUACACGCUAGGCCAGGCCUACUACUGCAGGCCGCCCUCCAAGGACACCAGCCUGACCAACUUUUACGACAGCUGCGUGGACGACAUGGCCAACCCCAAGAUCUACGUCAUCUUCGACAGCAACCAGGUGUACCCGGAGUACCUGAUCGAGUUCUACUGAAGGAGGACGGGCGCAGAUUCCACAAGGAGGUAGGCGGUUCCAGCGACGUCGUGAUAGUCCCGUGCCUAAGUGGAGCGUGAAUAAUCUCAAGUGCCUUUAAGGACUGCGGCCGAAGAGGACAAUGACAACUUUAUAUCGCACGAAAAUGGGCCGUCGUUGUCAAAGUCUGAUUUCCCCGUCAUAAAUGUUAGUGGGUGGUUUAUGUACAUAUUUAUACAAAACAUCCCCAUUGUCUUCAAACGUGUCACGACUAAUAACUGCAGCGUCAUGCAAUGUGGCUUAGCUCCAGUGUGUAUGCAUCGUAAAUCAUCUUGUUGAGAUGUCCCCGUUUUUUCUUUGUGGUUCUUGUGGGAAGAGGCACCAAAAGGGAUCGCCACAGGGUGGUGCAACUGUACAAAUAUAGUUUCAAGGAAACUCGGUUAAUUAAGAGAAGAGCCUUGUGUUAAGUCUCUAUGUAAUUUGCACAUUGUGAAGCUAGUGAUUCUACUGCACCUUAGAGUGAAGCUAAUAAAUAUUUAUUAAGUUG